AUGGCUAGUAUGCAGGCCCCGAACAUCUUCGACGAUGCUUCCCGUGUUCCUCCUAAACCCUCCGUUCUCCGAGCCAUCCUGUCCUCCAAAGCUCAUAAGAGGAACUCCUCUGCCGACGAUGCCAUUUCUCCCAAGAUUUUGCACAGAAGCAAACCUUCCGACGCUUCGUCGAGAACCCCGGUAGAAGAAUACUACUCUUCUCCAUACCAGCAUCCUCUGGCAGAGAGGGCCCCGAACCGCGACGCAGCCGACGGUCCUCCCUCUCCUCAAAAGCAGUCCAACAAACAGUCAAAGCAAGGACUGCACAAGAAGACGAAAAGCGCCGUGUCCUUGAAAUCGUUGAAGAGCUACAUGGAACGGAAGGACUCGAAAUCAGAAGAGUCUCUCGAUGAUGACUCCGCCGAAUGGAGACCUAAAAAGGCUAAAUCCGCCAACAGCCUGAGUGCGAUUCUGAAGCGGUCGCAACGGGGACGGAAAGGAGGAGAGUCAAAGGAGAUGCGGGACAAGGAGAACCGAAGUCCCAGUGACCUGGCCGACCAUAUGCCGUGCUCGCCCAUCUGGACUCAAUACGCAACCCGUCCCUUCCAGGAGCAAACUGGGGGGCUGCACAUUCCAGAUGCACGCAGGACCUUGCAAGACGAGGUCUCACUCUACACCCCCACAGCUUACAGUCCGGCCCAGCAACGGAACUUCUAUGACUUCCACCAACCUUCUCUCUCUAAACGCCCAGGUGCAAAGCCCCGUCCUAAAUCGGAAAUCGUUACUGGAAACCGUAAAAUGAAGGAUAUCCUCGCGCCUAGGCAGCGUGUCCCAUCCGAUCAAGACUCGCCCGCUGAACCGCCACAAAGCCCGUCCAAGGGGCAGAGCAGAGUUCGAAGGAUGUCGAGGCCGAGAUCCCGCUCGGAGGUUGAGCAAAACCCAGAGCCGCCCACACCCAAGAGGGCAUCUCGCGUGCAGGCUGCGAUAUCAGCAUUCAACGCGAAAGAACAGGAAGCGGACCUGCAGAAGCGCCUGAAUUCGAAGGACCUAGAAAGCGAAUUCGAAAAACUUCUGGAUGCGAGAAACAUUCCCCACAAUAUGAGGGACAAGAUGAGAUCACUAGAUACCAAUAUCAAGGCAGAUUUCAUCCAAAAGGACCGAACGGAAAACAGUACACCUCACAGCGCCAAUGCGAGCGUCUCUACAAACGACAGUACAGGUCGCCGCGGUCGCCGGAAAGAACAGAAAGAAGACAAACAGACCCACGAUGGGAAGGAGGCCCGAUCACGGUCGAGAAGCCGCGGGUUCUCCUUUUCCAAGGGCAGUUCGUCACCUACGAAAAAGCAGCGACCAGAGAGCGGGACCUUCUAUCGGCGUCCGAAGUCUGCUGAUCUGUCGCAACCCGUAGGCCUCUCAAAGGUCAUGACGCCUUCAACUUCUAUGACUUCCCUAGCUGCUACCGCUUGUCUUGAUACAGCUGCCGACCCCUCUGACUUUGUCCACUAUCUCAGGGAGAUCCAGAAGCCGGAGAUGAUGGAAGUUGGAAAGCUCCAUAAACUCCGCAUUCUCUUACGAAAUGAGACUGUCAGCUGGGUUGAUACUUUCAUUGCUGAUGGCGGUAUGGACGAGAUAGUGCAACUUCUUUACAGGAUCAUGAAGGUAGAGUGGCGGGAGGAGCAUGAAGACACCCUGUUGCAUGAAACACUGCUCUGUCUUAAAGCCCUUUGCACCACUUCAAUUGCACUAAAACAUCUCACAGCCAUCGAAGCGGAACUUUUCCCAGCUUUGCUGAAGAUGCUUUUUGACGAGGAGAAAAAAGGACCGAGCGAGUUUACCACCCGUGGUAUAAUCAUCAACCUACUGUUCACACAGCUCACCACAGCGCCUUCGACAGAAGUGGCAGCUAGUCGUGCCACGCGUAUUCUGUCGUACCUCAGGGAUCCCUCUCCCCCAGAAGAGAACCAGCCUCUGAACUUUAUUGCCAAUAUCUAUCAAUCACGGCCGUAUCGUGUCUGGUGUAAGGAAGUUACCAAUGUCACCAAAGAAGUGUUUUGGAUCUUUCUACAUCACUUCAACGUGAUACCUAUCGCGAAAUCGGACGAUGCUUUUACUGAGGUUCCCGUCGAGAGACGAAGCUUCAGAAACCGACAUUUCCCUGUUCCGCGGCCUCCAGUCCCUGCUGCUCCAUAUGUUGGCGGAGUGGAAUGGGAUGCCACCAAUUACCUAGCUGCUCAUCUGGAUCUCCUUAACGGCCUCAUCGCCAGUUUACCAUCCAGCGAGGAGCGAAACAAACUACGCACAGAAUUCCGGGCUUCCGGAUUCGAAAAGGUCAUGGGUGGCAGUCUGCGCACAUGCAAAGAGAAGUUCUACUCCUCCGUGCAUGACUGUCUAAGAACAUGGGUUGCGGCUGCCGUUGAAGACGGAUGGCCAUACACCUUUGUCCGUGAAGGACCGCCUCGACCUGAGCCUGGAUCCCCAACCAAGUCACCUAUCAAAGCCGCUGGAGGUAGUCCCAAAAAGGGACUUAUUGACGAAAGACCUCCCAAGCUAGAACUUGCAAUUGAUGUACCCAAUCGAGUCUCACCACCGAAAGGGGAUGACGCUGGCAGUUGGCUUUGA